CCAGUGGCAGCAUUGCGGGCCGCGCCGCAUCAUCAGCAUCACUCUGGCUGCUCCGCAUCGCAAUCUUUUUUGCGACCUUUUUUGAGGAAGAGGAGGGAGAGGAGGAGGAGGAGGAGGAAGGCCUCCAAGAGCAAGGAGGAGCCUCCCAAUCAGGAGAUCCAGACAGCCCUGCCUUCAGUUACCCAUUUAUUGCUGUCUUGAUUCAAUCCCGGAUCCAGCCCAAGACAAAGCACAGCACCUGGAUCUCCUCCUGGGAAGCAAGCAAGCAAGCCAAGCCAGGAGGCCAAGAUGCUUCGCUUCCUGGCGCUCCUCUUCCUCCUUGUCGUUUUCCGGCUAUUCCUGGACUUGCCUUGGAUCCAAGUCAUCCCAGCCAUCCUCAUCUUUUACUUGGGAUCCGGAGGAUGGAAGUUCCUUUACAUUGUUGUGAAAACAGCCAAGCGGGAUAUCAUGGCCGGCUUGUCCCUUGCCUCAACCUGGGUGAACAUGUGGUGGUACAUGAAGAGUGGCAACACCAUCCCGCGCAUCUUCGAGCGAGUGGCGAAGAGGCAUCCGGAGAAAGCGGCUCUCGUUUUCCAGGGGACGGGCGAGACCUGGACCUUCCGGGACUUGGAGAAUUACUCCAACCGGGUGGCCAACCUCCUCUUUGAGAGGGGCUUCCGCUCGGGGGAUGCAGUGGCCCUCUUCAUGGAGUCGCGCAACCAGUAUGUGGGCCUCUGGCUCGGCAUGGCCAAGAUCGGGGUGGAGGCGGCGCUGCUGAACUCCAAUGUGCGGCAGGACGCUCUGGUCCACUGCGUCAACGUCUCCCAAGCCAAAGCUAUCAUCUUCGGGAGCGAGUUGUCUGCAGCUUUAAAGGAGGUGCAACCUUCACUCGGGAAGUCGGUCCACCUCUUCUGUUCCGGAGACCUGCAAGCGGAAAACAUCCCAGUCGGUGCAGAACAUCUGGAUCCAUUGAUUCAGGAAGCCUCUUCCCUCGCACCCAAGCCUCCGGACAAGGGGUUUCUAGAUAAACUGUUCUAUAUUUACACUUCGGGCACGACGGGUCUGCCUAAGGCUGCCAUCAUCGUCCAUUCGAGGUAUUACCGCAUGGCGUCGUUGGUGUACAAUGGAUUCCGGAUGAGAUCGGACGACGUGGUUUACAAUUGCCUCCCCUUGUAUCACUCCGCAGGUAACAUUGUGGGCGUGGGGCAGUGCCUCCUCCACGGGCUGACGGUGGUGGUGCGGAAGAAGUUCUCUGCUUCUGGCUUCUGGGACGACUGCGUCAAGUACAACUGUACGGUUGUGCAGUACAUUGGGGAGAUCUGUCGGUAUCUCUUGAACCAGCCGGUGCAGGAAGUGGAGCGGAGGCACCGGGUGCGGAUGGCGCUGGGCAACGGCUUGCGGGCCACCAUUUGGAAGGAAUUCACCCAGCGCUUUGGCAUCCCCCAGAUUGCCGAGUUUUACGGCGCCACCGAGUGCAACUGCAGCAUGGGCAACUUCGACAACAAGUUCGGAGCCUGUGGCUUCAACAGCAGGAUCCUUCCCUUCGUUUACCCCAUCAACCUGGUCCGGGUCAAUGAGGACACCAUGGAGCUGAUCCGGGGACCUGAUGGGCUUUGCAUUCAGUGCAAACCAGGAGAACCCGGUCAGCUGGUCGGCCGCAUCAAGCAAACCAAUCCGCUGCAGCGCUUUGACGGCUACUUGAACCGCGAGGCCAACUCUAAAAAGAUAGCCCAAAAUGUCUUCACCAAAGGCGACUCUGCCUACCUCACAGGGGACGUGCUGGUCAUGGAUGAGUUGGGCUACAUGUAUUUCCGAGACCGAACGGGAGACACUUUCCGCUGGAAAGGCGAAAACGUUUCCACAACGGAAGUGGAAGGAACGCUCAGUCGCCUCCUCAGCAUGACGGAUGUUGCCGUCUAUGGGGUGGAAGUUCCAGGCACUGAAGGGAAGGCCGGAAUGGCAGCCAUUGUUGAUCCAGAUAACUCCUGCGACCUGGAGCGUUUUGCGGAGGACAUGAAGAAGGCCCUUCCUGCGUAUGCACGGCCCAUUUUCCUGCGGCUGGUCUCGGAAUUGAACAAAACAAGCACCUUCAAGUUCCAGAAGAUGGACCUGCGCAAGGAGGGCUACGACCCCAACGUGGUGAAGGACCAGCUGUAUUUCCUGGAGCCGAGGCUGGGCCGGUACUUGCCUCUGGAUCAGGAGGCCUACCAGCGGAUCCAGUCCGGACAAGUCAAGUUGUAAUCGGAUGGACGGACGGAUGGAGAGACCAUUUUUGGAGACUGGGACCUCCUUCCUGGGCUUGCGAUCAGAAGGAAGGAAAACCAAAACGAUUGGGAGGCUGGACAGAAGACAACAGAAUAAGGCGCCACUUUGGCUCCUUGUUUACAUUGCAAUUGGACCAAGGACCUACGCCUGGGGGUAUCUUUUCUUCUUUUUCGGGAUGGGACACACACACACACGUUUGCAUACCAAAGCAUAGAAAAUACGUUGGCUUUGUUUUAUACUCCAUCAUCGGAACUGCAAUGGUGAUAUUUUGCCAAAAUUGAAAGCUCUCUUCCCA